UCACCACCACUAGGGCAGUCAUGUUGGGUUGUGACUUCAACUGCCCCAUUGAGGUGGACGGACGCAGUUCUGGCACAUCCGCCAAUCUUGACGUAAUGUCUAAGCUGCUGAUUGAGAUAGUGACAGAGGCAUCCUUGCAGGACGUUGUUGGGUCCAUCGGGAAUGGAUCCGUAAACUAUACGUGGAGCCGCCCCGAUGGCUCGCUCCGUUCUCGGAUAGACUUCAUCUUCACUUCGAGGGCAGUCAGUAAGGUGUCGUACUCUAUGGUCCCCUGCUUCUUCUCUGACCACAGGGCCAUUCGAUUCCGGGGGACUCUGGGCCAUGGUUUCCCUCCUGCCCCAAGCUCCUGGAAGUUGAAUUGUGUCCUGUUGGAGCAGAGGGAGGUCAUGGAGGAACUUAGGGAUGCGUACCUUGUAUGGCAUAAUGACAAAUGUAUGUAUAACUGCAUGAGCGAUUGGUGGAAAUAUGUUAAAGUUGAGUUUCGUUGUUUCUUUCAGGCAAAAGGCAGACAACAGGCGUGUGCGAAGAAGUGGGACUUCAGGAAGCUGCAGCGACCUGCUCCAGUGCAGUUGGGACGUCAGGGAGGAGCUGAAGGAGACCAAAAAGAGCUUGAAAAGGCACUUUGAGGAGGAAUCCAAGCAAAUAGUCUUUCGUUCCAAGGUGGAGAACCUGGAGAAGGGUGAUAAGUGUAACUCUUUCUUUUUCAGGAAGCUCCAUGCUGGCCACACGCCCCUGACUGAGCUACGAGAUGAGACAGGACACAUGAGGAGGGGCAAGGAGGAGGUGAUGGGGGUCAACUCCGACUUCUACAGUAACCUCUAUGCCCCCAAGUCAUCCGACCCCGAAGCCGCCGAGAGAUUCCUGUCAGGGGUUAGACAAGGCUGCCCUCUUUCAUCUCUUCAGCUCUUCGCUAAGACUAUCCGGCAGAAUGGAGAGAUCAGAGGGAUCACCGCACCAGGACCAGAUCACUACGAGGUCAAGUGCUCGCUCUACAUGAACGACGAGACCGUCUUCUGCGCUGACCAGCGUUCGGUGACUGCACUCGUCCAGACCUGCGAGGACUUCGGCAGAGCUUCGGGGGAAAAAGUCAACUGCGGGAAGUCAGAGGCUAUGCUCUUCGGGGAAUGGCACCUGGCUUCUUCCGCCCCCUUCCCCUUUACAGUUAAACCAGAUUUCAUCUAAAUCCUUGGAGUCUGGUUCGGGAAGGAAGGAGCGACCCUUAAGUCUUGGCAAGACCAACUAGGAAAGAUGAACUCUAUGAUCGGACUGUGGAGCUCCAGAAAGCUCUUGUUUGAGGGCAAAACACUUGUCCUGCGGAGUGAAGUUUUGCCUGUGCUCCAAUAUACCGCAAAGGACUGGCCUCCCCAUACCACCGUUUGAAAGGACAUUACCCGGACAUUGUUUCGCUUCAUCUGGGGCAAAAUGGAGUCAAGUGGAUUGUGAUGUAUAAGGAGCCCCGCAACGGAGGGAAGGGAAUACUUGAUAUCCCCACUCAGCGGGCAGGUUCGUGUCUCGCUUGUUCCUUAUGCCCCCCUGGAGACAAUUGGGCUGGGACAGGUGGGACAGCUCCAUCCCUUACAACUGGAACACUUCCUGGUUCUAUGGGGAUGUUGUCCGGUUUGUGAGGGAGCACCAGCUGGAAGGACUGAAACCUGACCUAUGGAAGCCGAAGACAAUCCACAAGCACAUCCGAGCUAAGGACUUGUACAAACAAGUAGAGCGCUCCUAGUGUGAUACCGUAAUGCAAAGAGAACAUGAACAAACAAGAAAACUUGCUCACCAAGUAUAGUUGUACUGCGACCAAGUACAACUAUGGUGAAGGAGUGAAAUGACCAUGCAACGGGCGAAGAACGGCAGCUGCUCCUGGACAAACAGGUGAAGCACUUCAACGGAU